AUGAAGAAUCUGGGAGACGAAGACUCUUUUUUCCUCUCAAGUGUCAGGGAAAAUGCCGUGGAAAAUGAAGAACAUCAGCUUUCAUGUGGGCCAACGAAAAUGGUAUCAUUCAAAAACAAAAUCCAACAUCUGGGCAAUACCGGCGUAAAUACGUGCACAGCUUCUCGAAGCAAGGGCAAUUCAGACUGUGAAAAUUGUGCUGCACCGCAGGCGAUGUCUCCUCAGAAGAUCGAACAGUUUCUCUCUCACGCAGGAGCUGGCAUGCUUGAUGCACUUACAUCAGCCAAAAUAUUCCGCCUCUUGUUGCCUUCGGUGCCUUCCCUGCAACCCCUUUUCCACAAGGUUGUAGCUGUGGCGGAGAGAAAUGAGCUGUUCGGACAAUCAGCAAUUCCAAUCGGAUCGCCAUUAUUUGAGGCUCUUCCUCCAGCCGUAUUUUUUGUGGGUUUCGAAGCUGCCAAAGUCUACCAUGCUGCUUUCAAACUCAGGAACAAGGAUCGCAUUUCCCGUCGAGUGCUGGCACUCACUCCAGACUCGCUACACUUUUCAGUGACGGCAAUGAAGGAAGAAAAGGCUUCUACAGCACGGGAAACAUUUCUAGUCCCACUGCGGGCGUUCCAAGGCUUGUGCUCCUUGAAUAUUCCGCCCGUGGUUUCUUUGGAAACCGCAAUCGUGGGGAAACGAAAGGAGAAAACGAUGUUUCUGACCAACAAUGGCAAUGCAGACUCCAAUGUAACACUACUAGUAUCACCUCCAUUCGAAGUUCAGCCCGGUUGUUUCCCAAUCCCCAUAGGUGGCUCACAACAGGGUCGCGAGGAAGUGAAGCAGCUGGAAUGCACAGUGGUUGAGGCUGCUGUUACCCUUUCAACGUCCCUUCUUAAGUUUGACACAACAUUUGUUAACUUGACCAGUGAAAGAUCUCUAUGCAUACAAAACAAUUCCAACGAGCACCUGCCUUUUCGAUGGUCGUUCGGGGCUUCCGAAGAACGCCUGGAGGAAUUUGAUGAAAUUCUUGAAACGGUGUCUUCCGGCUCGUUCGCAAUAAAGCCGGCAUCUGGGAGAGUUUGGGCUAACUCUACGCUGCAUAUUCGCGUUCAGUUCACGCCAAUCCAGGCGACAACUUACAACUCUACGGCUAUCUUGAAUAUUAUUGGGAGAGAAAAGAGUCUCAAGAUGCAGCUUUGUGGAACGGGCACAGGCCCUCAAGCCAAGUUCACGAAAGCGGAACUAGAUUUUGGGGACGUUGCUGUGUAUACAAACAAGACGCUUGACGUCGAAAUCGUGAACACAGGAGAUAUUGCAGCAACAUAUUUGGUAAAGCCGCUCGUAGGCUUGUUCCCUGCGGGCACAGAAAUUAAUUUUAUUCCUAGUGGCGGAUGCAUUUCCAUCAACAAGGCUGAAAGAGUACAGAUAUCUCUGAAGCCAGCAUUUGUGGGUGAAUUCGAAGUUGUUGUGCCAUGGGCGAUUGAGUCUUCUCCAGAAGAUAUCCUGUUAAAGCUGAAGGGCAGAGCUAUCCCUCCUCAGAUUAACUUUGACGUUUCAUGUGUUGAUUUUGGAAUCAUCCCCUUUGGGUUUGAAGAAGUGCGCUCUAUCACCUUAGAAAACACCAGCAGUGCGACGCAAAUGGUCAACGCGAAAGUGGUCAAGAGAACCGACGAUACAUACUGCGAUAUCAAGAUUAGCCCCGAUGUUCUGACAAUCCCAGCUGGGGCACUUGGCAGUUUCAACGUCAUCCUUUGCCCCUCCAAGGCCCAAACGUACUUAGAAGAGGUUGCCUUUGGUCUGCCUGGCUUAAUUGAAGACUACCUUACACUGCCUCUUCGGGGCUCAAGCAAGACUCCACACGUUGCUCUGGAGCCGGAUAGCUCUCUUGUACUAGAAGACGUUUUUAUACACACUGCAGCGACGAAGUCAUUCACUAUAAGAAAUACUUCACGUCUUUCUGCUCAAUUUACUGUCACCCUGGAGGUUAGGCUUUACAACGUCGAAAAAGGCGUUGCCAGUCUGUUUGCUCUGAAUUCCAGUACCAUUUCAGGUGAUACAAAGACAGGACGCCACUCGCACUGUGAAUUUGGUGGAGAACACGUCAACGCAAGGGCAGCGCCGUCAAAGGGAUUGGUUCCUCCCCUUUCAGAAGUCUCCGUUUUAAUAAUUUUCUACCCUACUGCGCCUGGUGACAUAAAUUUCAAUUGCUUGGUACACAUAGCAGGGCUAGACACUCCAUUCCAGUUGGAAGUGCACGCUUGCGCUUCUGGACCUAAGCUUAAAAUUGAGCCCAAAGAGCUUCAAUGGGGAAAGAUUAAAUGCCUUGACGAAGUGAUACAGCAAGUCGAGGUGACAAAUACCUCGCCUAUUCCAGCAUCGAUUCGUUGCUGCAUUCGGAGCAAGCACGGCUACUUUACGGCCAAAAACCCCGAAAUGACUUUGAAUGGAGGGGCGUCAGCGGCUAUCUUCAUUGUGGCAAUGUUCCGUGAAGCAGUUGCUGCCACCGGGCAAUUAACAGUGUCUGCAGUUGAUGGACAGAGCUUUAUUGUGUACCUGAAAGGACAGGCUGUGGGUUCGCCCGUCGUCCUGGAGGAUUUCGGGCCCUGCACUGAUUUCCAGCAGGUGUGCACUAGCAAUGCCAAGCGCAAAACAUUCAAAGUAUUUAAUAGGGGCAGCCGCAUGCGUCAUAUUCACUUUCUAGAUGGGUCAAGAAGCGCUUACUCUCGGCAGACCCCUGAAUCACAGCGGAAAUUCAUGGUGCAGCCGAACGAGUUCCCCCUUGGCCCAGACAGCUCGAUGCAGGUUGUAAUUGAAGCCCUCAGCACAUUUCCAGGUAGAGCUUCGCAAGUCAUUAUUUGCCAAGAGUCACUGGGUGCUGGGACCACACCUGUGCGCGUAGCUCGAACCCUCGCAACAGCAGACUUUUUCACGCCCAAUCUUGUUGCGACGCCUUCUUCUUUAUCGUUUAAGUGA